ACGGGACUUGGUGGCUGAGCGUGAACGGACAAGUGAGAAAUCAGCUUUUUUCAUGGUUUAAGGUUACUAAAUGUUUAAUGGAAGUGUGUGAAAGUGUUGUUUAAUGUGACUUGACACUGUAUCUGUUGUUAGAUACGCGCGUUAUAGCAAAACCUUCGGCAAACUCUUUACUUUUUGUCGGGACCUGUCACGGGUGAAACUGAGAGUCCGCUCAACCACGUCGACAAACAAAACAAAAACAAAACGUCGGACUGACAGUCCUGUGGUGCAAGACUGAAUCCGACAACAUUGUAAAUAGACGGUGAGUCAGACAACAAAGAACUGGCCUGGACGGAACUGUAAGGUGGAGAGUCAGUCCAGAAAUAGAGCAGAAUAAAAAUUUUGCGAUUUUAUAUACUCCCAGCCACGUCGUGUGCACCACGUUGUGAAGGCUGUCAUCAUCUGGUACUUCAGAGGAAGUAGGCGGGUUGAUCUGCUACACGCUGUAAGCGGCCAUCCCACCUAACUUCACGUCAAAUUUAGCACGAUGGCAGUUGACAUGCCGGCCUCACAGGUGCUGGAUAUGCUAUUUGACCAGAGUGACGGUAUACUUCGUGACGAGGAACCCAAAAUACAGACCAUCAACAUGAUGGAUUUGGACCUAUUCUCACUGGACACGAUUGAUACCAGUGACCAGUGUCUUGAAACUCCGGUGAUGUUCUCCAAGCAGUUGCCCUCUCCUAACUUCACUGACAGGGAGAGUGUGAAUGAGAAGUCGCCCUCUCACAGCGACAGCGGUGUAUCGCUGGACUGCCCAACGGAUUCUCCAUCCGGGUACAGCGAGGAGCAGUACGGGUCUAGCGGCAGUCCUGGCACUUUCACCGAUCCCCUGUCCCAGGGCAGUCCCCUUGGGCUGGAUUACUUCAACUUUGAUGACACCACCUUUGACACUACAGAGAACAACGCCCUGCUGUCAGAUACAGAAAUACUGAACCAACUUAAUGCCAAUUUCUCCAUUGAUCUUGAUUUGCCUGGUGAGCCUUUGAACACUGACUUGAGCUUUGACUCAACACUGCCCACUGCUGUUGUUUCACAGCCGACCACUGUGAUCACUUCUACCACCCCCAACACUAAGACUACAACGAUCAAGGUGUUGUACCAGGGAAACGGCAAGAUCACCACUCUACCCUUCACCGUCAAAGACAUCACAACAAGUACACCGAUAAUCAACAACACAGCCAAGGUGCCUGAGCUUCAACUGACAGAAGAAGAGAAAGAUUUGCUGUCAAGAGAAGGCGUGGCUUUGCCUACUGAUUUGCCACUGACUAAAGAGGAGGAGAGAGCCCUGAAAAGUGUGAGACGCAAAAUCAGAAAUAAGGUUUCUGCCAAGGAAAGCAGGAAGAGGAAGAUUGAGUAUGUGGAUGGUUUGGAAAAGCGGGUCAAAGUCAGCACACAGGAAAACAGCCAGCUGAAGAAACGGGUAGAGGUGCUAGAAAAACAGAAUGUAUCUCUUAUCACCCAGUUGAAGAAGUUACAAGCCCUUGUCUUAGCUAAGACAACGAAACCUGCCCAGACAACAACCUGCCUCAUGGUGCUAGUUUUGUCCUUCAUGUUCAUCAUGCUGCCAAAUACCUACAAUCCAUUUGGGGACCAACCUGGAGGUCAGAGGUCAAAGUUCGGUCAUGUGCCACUCCCAGGGAAAUCUCGGAGCUUGUUACAAGAGACAAACAAGAUGCAGACAACAGACGACCCUUAUGGCGUGUCUCGCUGGCCCUUGCCACCAUGGGAAGAACCCACCCAGACACCCACUGUGACCAUCACCGAAGCUGUGGAGAGUGUUCAACCAGAUGCAGACACAGCUCCCUCUAGUGAACAGGUAGAGGUUGUUAUGUCCAUCGGGAGGAGAGUACUGGCAAAGACAUCCGUAUUGGAAAAUGAAACAGAGGCCACCUUGGAUGUCGGCACGAUAGAGAACGCUAAUAUUCGGCGAGACAAAGCUCAGUCUGAUUUGUAGCUGAGUGGUUUUAUUGAACCUUUUCAUGUUACUCAGAGCUGUUAACAUUUGGUGUACAUAUAUUUUAUUAAGGUAUUUCAUGUACUUGUCAUGAAUUAUGUCAUGUGAUUGGCGCACAUGUGAUAAGACGUUUAUCAUGUUUAAUAUCAUACAGAUGCAGAUCUUGUCCUAGGUGGUCUGCUUUCUUUUAACAGUAUUGCUGGGAUUUUAUUGUGGUUUGUAAGCUAAAUUUACUUUAAAAGUAAGCUUGACUAGAUAGUAUUGCUGCAUGUAUAUGGCAGUGCCUGUUUUCUAAUCUCAUUUAGAAGUACACAGAACUUGAUAGUAGUGGACACAAUUCUGUUUCAGAAACAGAAUAUGUUUGUUCUUGCUUCCAAUAAGAGUCUGUAAAUCCCAGGUGCCUGUUUGGAAUUUUUUACCAUACUUAAUCUGUUUCUAUGACUUCAUUGCUCCAUGUUGAACAUGAUUGACUAUCUUGCCGGCAGGAGUUUCAUUACUGUUGUGAUCUUUAUUAGGUGUUUCCUAUAUAUUGAAAGAAUGAACAAAAUUUUAUUAUGGGUGACGUUCAGCAAGUUCUUACUUAAAGUAAGUCCUCUGGUUUUUGCCUCAGAAAUGUGAAUAAGUUUAUGAAAGGACUGCAGUCAUAUCAAUGUGUAUGUUGUUGAUUAAUGCAUACAGUUGUUGCACUCAUUAGUUCCUAAUCAGACAUUUCAUUAUGAAGCCCUACUUCAACUGGACUUUAUCAUUUUCAUAUCUCAUUUGUAAAUAAUUUCACCUCCAUGAAGAUUUGUCUUGACCAAACUUGUAAUGUAAAUAUCUAUUCAUUAUUAAGCAUGUUGGAAACUUUCUGUUCACAAUCAGCAGCCUCAGGAACAUUUUACAACUUCUUUCAACAAGACAAGAAUCUAGAAUACUUCAGGUUUUUUCUUCCUCUUGUGACAAGUGAUUUUCAUUGUAGAAGUUCACACUCUGAUAUAUUCGUUUAUGCUCAAAAUUGACUAUCUCUGAUUCUUUACAUCUAUCUUUGACCUUUUCACUGUUGUGCUAUUGGUAACUGUGCUGUUGUUAAAUAUGAACAUUGUUAAUAAAACAAUUUCACGUACAUAAA